AUGCAAAAGUCACAACAACCCUCAAAUGAAACAUUGGUACCUCGCCAAACCGGUAUAAAAUACACCGACCCUGUCUCUGUCGCCGUUCACACCUACCUGCGGACCGGUAUGCUUCCCCCAACGGACAUCGAUGUUCCCAUUCCCGGUCCAGAUUAUGGUCCUGGAGAAGGAAUGACAGGAUGCAUUACCCAAGCGGACAUCAAGUACUUUUCGAGGGAUUGGUAUAUUGGAUGUGAUGGCGAACUCUAUCACAAGAACGAAGGCCCCGGACCAGUUAGAUUUGAUGCAGAUCAGGGUAAGGGGUUCAUAGACAAGAUCAAAGAGAAGGUGCUGCCGAAACCAGAGCCCUUCCAUGAUUGGAAUGAUUAG